AUGGCUCCCCGAGACGACCCAGAACAGACGUCCGUCGACACCAAGGAUGUGAACGAGAAACAAGCUGAGAUACACGUCGCCGUGGUCACGGACGAGGUCGACACGGGAGCACAGCUCGUCGCGGGCACGGUUGUGGAGGUGGACCCGCAAGAAGCGUUGCGCGUGCGGAGGAAGAUAGACUGGCACAUCAUGCCGCUUAUGUGCACGAUCUACUGGGUGCAGUACAUGGACAAGCUUACGCUUGGGAACGCGGCGAUCCUGGGACUUAAGACUGCAACACACUUGACCACGAACCAAUACAACUGGCUAGGAACGAUCUUCUACAUCAGCUACCUCGUCUUUGAGUUACCCCAGAACCUCGCGUUGCAGCGACUUCCCAACAGUAUCAACAUCUUCAUCUGGGGCGCAGCGAUGGCUUGCCACGCGGCCUGCAAGAACUUCGGAGGUCUCCUUGCAUGUCGCUUCGUGCUGGGCAUAUGCGAGGGCUCCGUUACGCCGGGGUUCAUGGUCGUGACGUCCAUGUUUUACACCCGAAAGGAGCAGACGUUGAGGGUUGGGUACUGGUUCAUGAUGAACGGGACUGCCCAGAUUAUCCUUGGCUUCGUGAGCUUCGGCUCGCUGCAUACGCAUACACCAAACUUCGAGCCCUGGCAAUGGCAUACGCAUAAUGAUGGCGUCAGGCUCGUCGUCAUUACUGGCGCGAUCACGAUAGUCUCGUCCCUCGCAUUCUGGGUCAUGUUCCCCGACUCACCGACCAAUGCGUGGUUCCUCACUCAUGAAGAGCGGGUGAUUGCGGUGCAGCGGCUGAAGGCAAGGGUGAACCAAACAGGAGUCGAGAACAAGCACUUCAAGAAAGAACAGUUUUACGAAGCCCUCCUUGACCCGAAGACCUGGCUGUUCUUCCUCUUCUCCGCGCUCGACAACGUGCCCAACAGCCUCACGAACCAGACGCAGAUCAUCAUGGACUCGUUCGGCUUCACGAAUCUGCAGACGACACUCUUCAGUCUGCUCAGCGGCGCGAUCGAGCUCCUCACGAUCUCGUCAGGCGUGAACCUCGCGACGCGAUUGAGCAACGCGCGCGCGUAUGUGGGCGUGUGUUGGUACCUCCCGACGUUGUUGGGGAUCUUGUUGGUGAACUUGUUGCCGUGGAGCGAUAAGGCGGGGUUGUUGUGUGGGCAGGAGCUGACGAACAUCAGCGUGACGGCAUUUGUCCUUGCGCUCUCGUGGGUGACGAACGUCACCGCGGGGCAUACCAAGAAGGUCACGGUCAACGCGAUCAUGCUCAUCGGCUAUUGCGUCGGCAACUCAGCGGGCCCUUUCAUGUGGCAAGCGCAAUAUGUUCCUAGAAAUCAUGUACCGUGGACGAUUUUCGGCAUCUGCUACGUCUGCUGCAUGGGCCUGCUGCUCAUCAUCCGGUCGAUGCUAGCGCGCGAGAACAGGAAGCGCGACCUCGAGCCGAGGGACAUGACGUACGACGAUGUAUAUAUCGAGGUCCUGCUUGCUGACGGGACGAGAGUCGAGAGGAAGGUGGAGAAGGAGUAUUUGGAUCUGACGGACAUCCAGAACCGCGACUUCAGAUAUGUUCUGUGA